AACCCCAGAGAUCUUGGAAUUUUUCAACCUAUCAAUAGACGCUUAUUUUUUUUCCAAAAAUUUAGGACGGCUCAUACAUAUAUGCACCAUACAGCCUAUUUCCAAACAAUACGGGCAUCUCUCAGAUUUUACUUGUUUUAUUUUGUACAGGUAUUAGUUACAAAGGGUUCGUUUUGCUCAUAAUGUACAAACUUUUUUAGAAAAAGCUCUGGAAAUGGAACUUUUGUGUAACCAGCAUAUCACGAUCUCUGACUCAGUUGUUUUUCAAUAUUUCCAUAGUAAUAUUUAAAGAUAAUUAAAUGAAAGGUUCUUCAUUAGAUAAAAACAAUUCUAAUGUUGAAAAGAAUGUGAAAAGAGGCAGACAUGCCCUAUUAACUAAAAAGCUAUUCCAUCAUUAUUAUUGUCCGUUUAUAUCAUUUACAUUUCUGUCUGUCACUUUUUUUCUUUUUUUUUAAUUGGAUAAUUAUACAAGUUCCAACUGAAUUAAGACCAUCUUGAUUGUCAGACUCUGAUUAACGUUACUUUCGCUGUCUGGCUAUUUUAUUUUAUUGUGUCAUUUGAAUCCGUACAAUGUACAAGCUGACAUUUCUCAAGUUAAUUGCUGUUUUACAAGUGAAAUUUGUGUUUCCUACCAUUUACCCAAACCACAACUACAACAGUUUCUCAGGCCUUAAGCGAAUGAUGAGGGCGAAUUUUGACACCAUAAAAAAUGAGCUGAUGCAGAAACGUCAGCAAGAGUUGGUACAGUUCACAAAAGAAGCGAAUGAUUUUCCGCCCGUUGAAGUUAUAAGCCAUGAAAACAUCGUUGGUACGAUACCAUCAAACUUUAUUACAAAAAUUAAUUAUACAUCCCACUUAAGGGCUCCAGUUUUAAAUAAUGACAUCGCAGAAAGUCAACUGCAUAUUGUCAGAGUUGCUCCAGAUCCUAAAAUAAAGGAUGAUAUGAAUGUGGCAAGUACUACAAAUACAAAUUUUUAUAAUAGACCAUCCGAUAAAUAUCCACCAACACAGUAUACCGCAGGCUUCUUAAAACCUGAAGUUCAGCCUGUGAAAGUUCAUGUUUUUCGAGGGCCAAAUAUAAAAUACACAACAUAUAAUAAACACAAGAAACAAGAGAAAUACUACUCACAUUGGGGCUACUUUGUAUUUCAGCCAGCUGACAACGACCAUUCUAAAAAUGGAGCGAACAAUUAUUUUUCAUAAAACUUACCAAUAUUCAAUUUGUUUUAAAAGCAUUCA